GCGUCACUUCCGGCGCGGCGGAGGAGUUGCGAGAGUGAGGGAAAGGCUGGAAGACGAGGUCUGUUUCGAGUCACUUCUUGUUUGAAUGGAGUCCUCUGAUAGGGCAUGUGGUACUACCGUCUCUGAAUCCUUGCAUACGGCUCUUUCACCCUGACAGCUGAAUAUCUUCACUCCUGCAGGGUGUUUCCUCAGAGAGAGGAAGCCUGUUGCACAAUGGCGGUUUUUGAUACUCCAGAGGAGGCCUUUGGCGUCUUGCGGCCCAUCUGUGUUCAGCUCACAAAGACCCAGACAGUGGAGAAUGUGGAGUGUCUGCAGGCACAGUUACAAGUCGUGAGUGACUCUGCCCUUCAGGAACUUCAGCAGUACAUCCUCUUCCCUUUGCGAUUUACCCUGAAGACCCCGGGCCCCAAAAGAGAGCACUUGAUCCAGAGUGUGGUGGAAUGCAUCACCCUCGUCCUCUCUUCAACGUGUGUGAAGGAACAAGAACUUCUCCAGGAACUCUUUUCGGAACUCUCUGCUUGCCUGUAUUCACCCAACUCCCAGAAACCUGCCGCUGUGUCAGAGGAGUUGAAAUUGGCUGUGAUCCAGGGCCUCAGUGCAUUAAUGCACUCGGCUUAUGGGGACAUCAUUCUGACUAUUUAUGAGCCCUCCAUUCUGCCUCGUUUAGGAUUUGCUGUAUCUUUACUGUUAGGCCUAGCAGAACAGGAGAAAUCAAAACAAAUUAAAAUGGCUGCCUUAAAAUGUUUACAGGUUUUACUCUUUCAAUGUGAGUGUCAAGACCAUCCAAGGUCCUUGGAUGAACUUGAGCAAAAGCAGCUGGGGGAUUUGUUUGCUUCUUUUUUACCUGGCCUCUCAACUACACUGACCAGGGUCAUCACAGGAGACUUCAAACAAGGGCACAGCAUUGUCGUGUCUUCCCUAAAGGUCUUUUACAAGACAGUGAGCUUCAUUAUGGCUGAUGAACAGCUCAGAAGAGUCUCAGAGGUCCGAGCAAAGCCUGCCGUGGAGCACAGAGUAGCGGAGCUGUUGGUUCACAGGGAAGCCAAUUGGGUAAAAACUACCGGCGACAGGUUGACUGUCCUUAUUAAAAAGAUAAUUGAGAGCGUUUCAGUUUACCCACACUGGAAGGUGAGGCUGGAACUGAUAGACUUUGUCGAGGCCCUUCUCUUGAAGUGCAGUCAGUCACUGGUCGAAUCGGCUGGUCCCCUUCUGAAGGCUCUGGUGAGUCUGGUAAAUGAUGAGAGUCCUGACGUCCAAGCCCAAUGCAAUAAAAUUCUGAGACGUUUUGCAGAUGAGAAAGUAGUGGUGGGCAGCAGAGCCUUUGCUGACAUCUUGUCAGAAAACCUGCACUCCCUUGCCACGUCCCUUCCCCGCCUGAUGAACUCCCAAGACGAUCAGGGCAGAUUCUCUACCCUCUCCUUGUUACUCGGGUACCUGAAACUCUUGGGCCCCAAAGUGAACUUUGUCCUCAACUCUGUGGCCCAUCUCCAGCGCCUUUCCAAAGCGCUUAUCCAAGUUCUAGAAUUAGACGUGACUGACAUCAAAAUCGUUGAAGAGCGGCAUUGGAACUCUGAGCAUCUGAGCACUUCUCCAGAGACUUCAGCCUUGCGGCCAUGGGCUCAAAUGCAGAGGAGAUAUUUCCGCUUCUUCACUGACGAGAGGGUUUUCCUGCUCUUGAGGCAGGUUUGUCAGCUUCUUGGUUUCUAUGGGAACCUCUACUUGCUCGUGGAUCACUUUAUGGAACUGUACCACGAAUCUGUGGUUUACCGGAAGCAGGCCGCCAUGAUCCUUAAUGAACUGGUUGUAGGGGCUGCUGGGUUAGGGGUAGAGAAUCUUCAUGAAAAACACAUUAAAACAAACCCAGAGGAACUGAGGGAGAUCGUGACAUCAAUACUUGAAGAAUACACAAGCCAAGAAAACUGGUAUUUGGUCACUUGCCUGGAAGCUGAAGAAGUGGGAGAGGAGCUGACGAUGAUGCGGUCAGGCCUUCAGGCCCUCGCAUCUGGUGCACACGCCUGCCAGGCUACCUCUCCUCCCACCUUCUCAAAGCCAAGUCCCACGAUCUGCUCCAUGAACAGCAACAUCUGGCAAAUAUGCAUCCAGUUGGAAGGGAUUGGCCACUUUGCACACGCACUAGGGAAAGACUUCCGUUUGCUCUUGAUGUCAGCCCUCUAUCCAGUCCUGGAGAAAGCUGGAGACCAAACCCUGCUUAUCAGUCAGGCCGCCAUCAGUGCCAUGAUGGACAUUUGCCAGGCUUGUGGCUACGACUCCCUGCAGCAGCUGAUCAAUCAGAAUUCAGACUAUUUGGUAAAUGGGAUCUCUUUAAAUCUGCGUCAUCUGUCUCUCCACCCGCAUACCCCGAAGGUCUUGGAAGUCAUGCUACAGAACUCAGAUGCUAGCCUGCUCCCUUUGGUGGCAGAUGUGGUUCAAGACGUCUUGACUACCCUGGACCAAUUUUAUGAUAAGAGAACAACUUCCUUUGUCAGUGUACUGCAUGCCCUGCUGGCAGCAUUAGCCCAGUGGUUCCCAGACACAGGUCAUCUCGGGCAACUCCAAGAGCAAAGUGUAGGGGAAGAGGGAAGUCAUUUGAGCCAAAGACCAGCAAGUCUUGAGAAAGGACUUGAGAAUACCACAACAGCCGAAGACAUUGAACAGUUUGUGCUGAACUACCUCAAGGAAAAGGAUGUAGCAGAUGGAAAUGUCUCGGAUUUUGAUAAUGAAGAAGAGGAGCAGUCAGACCCUCCCGAAGUGGAUGAGAACGGCAGUGAUCCCGGUGUGCAGGCACCACUGCCAGUGCAGAUCCAAAUAGCCACGGACGUGAUGGAGCGCUGCAUCCACUUGAUGUCAGACAAAAGUCUGAAAAUCCGCUUGAAGGUUUUGGAUGUGCUGGAUCUAUGUGUGGUUGUUCUGCAGUCCCACAAGAACCAGCUCCUUCCCUUGGCUCAUCGGGCGUGGCCCUCACUCGUGCACCGACUCACAAAUGAUGACCCCCUGGCAGUGCUCAGAGCCUUCAAGGUUUUGCGUACCCUGGGAGGCAAGUGUGGCGAUUUUCUAAGGAGCCGGUUCUGCAAAGAUGUCCUGCCAAAGGUGGCUGGCUCUUUAGUCAGCCAGGCUCCCAUCAGUGCCAGGGCUGGACCAGUUUACUUCCACACGCUGGCCUUCAAGUUGCAGCUGGCCGUCUUGCAGGGCCUGGGCCCCCUCUGUGAGAGACUAGACCUAGGUGAGGGUGACCUGAAUAAAGUGGCUGAUGCCUGCUUGAUUUACCUCAGUGCCAAACAGCCCGUGAAAUUACAAGAGGCUGCCAGGAGCCUUUUCCUCCACCUGAUGAAGGUAGACCCGGACUCCACCUGGCUGCUCCUGAACGAACUUUACUGCCCGCAGGAGUUCACACCUCCCCACCCCAGCCUCCACCCGGUGCAGCUGCGGGGGCCCACUGGGCAGCAGAACCCAUACGCAGCCAACGUGCUCCGCCUGCUCCAGGAGCUGCAGUGACCCCGCCCCUCCCCCCUAGUCAGGCAGGCGCCAGAGGAGGUUCCCUGCCUCCCUUGCCGAGGACGUGGGGCCCACCCCACCCUGGCCGAGGGCGCCGGUGUCGGCCUCAGAGAAGACUGCCAAGGUGGAUUAGACAGCCAAUCGAUUUAUAAAUUGAUCGAUCACACAACUGCUUAGAAAUUGGAUUGAAGGAAAGCAGCUGACUGUUACUUAUAUUUCAUACCUGGUAUUUUCAAAUGACAUUGUCUGGCAGCUCUAAGGGCUUAACUCCUUAGCUUACCAUCUCUGCGGCCCUAGCUGCCUCACAGGCCACCCCACGCACCCACCCACACCCAAGAGCUUGAGGACACAUGGGGCGGAGGCCUGUACUACCCAUCGUGUGUGACCGCGGCGCCUGAGGACCACGUGGAAGUAUCACACAUCGGAGAGUUUUCAGAUCACUGGCCUGCAGCAUGGACUCACACACCUCCCCCUCCUCAAGUAAGGAGAUAAGAACCUAACCUGUUCUUUGGAAGAAAAUGAAAUAAAGGCACUUCUUGGAUGAAAAGUAUGAUCAAGAACUCACUUUGAAGUUUGUUAUUUAAAUUGGGUGAUUUUUUUAAAAUGAA